AUGUCUUACGGCGGCGGUGGCUACGGCGGCCGGAACGGUGGCGGUUACGGUGGUGGCCGCGACGGUGGUUACUCGAACGGACACGGCUCCUACGGCGGCGGCGGCGGCGGCGGCGGCUAUGGAGGUGGUGGUUACGGCGGUGGCGGCGGCGGCGGCUUUGGAGGUGGUGGUGACCGCAUGUCUAACCUAGGCGCCGGUCUGCAAAAGCAGGACUGGGAUAUCAACGCUCUCCCCAAGUUCGAGAAGCACUUCUACAAGGAGCACCCCGAUGUCACCAACAGGUCGCAGGCGGAGGUUGACAAGUUCCGUCGCGAACAUUCUAUGGCUGUGCAGGGUAGCGACGUGCCAAAGCCGGUUGAGACUUUCGACGAGGCUGGUUUCCCGCGCUACGUGAUGGACGAGGUCAAGGCUCAGGGCUUCCCUGCACCGACUGCCAUUCAGUCUCAGGGCUGGCCCAUGGCUUUGAGUGGUCGUGAUGUCGUUGGUAUCGCCGAGACGGGAUCGGGCAAGACCCUUACGUAUUGUCUUCCCGCCAUUGUGCACAUCAACGCUCAGCCGCUCCUGGCCCCCGGUGACGGACCCAUCGUCCUGAUCCUGGCCCCGACCCGAGAACUCGCCGUGCAGAUUCAGGCUGAAAUCAGCAAGUUCGGAAAGUCGUCGCGCAUUAGAAACACGUGCGUCUACGGUGGUGUGCCCAAGGGCCCCCAAAUCCGCGACUUGUCUCGUGGCGUCGAGGUCUGCAUUGCAACCCCCGGUCGUCUGAUUGACAUGCUCGAGUCCGGCAAGACCAACCUGCGCCGUGUCACAUACCUCGUCCUCGACGAGGCUGAUCGCAUGCUUGACAUGGGUUUCGAGCCCCAGAUCCGCAAGAUCAUUGGCCAGAUCCGACCUGAUCGUCAAACUCUGAUGUGGUCGGCCACUUGGCCCAAGGAGGUCCGCAACAUGGCUACUGACUUCCUGCAAGACUUUAUCCAGGUCAACAUUGGUUCGUUGGAUCUUUCGGCAAACCACCGUAUCACCCAGAUUGUGGAGGUCGUUUCAGAGUCGGAGAAGCGUGACCGCAUGAUCAGGCACAUGGAGAAGGUUAUGGAUGGAAAGGACAGCAAGAACAAGAUCCUUAUCUUCGUUGGUACAAAGCGUGUUGCGGACGAAAUCACCCGGUUCCUGCGACAGGAUGGCUGGCCCGCGCUUUCAAUUCACGGCGACAAGCAGCAGAACGAGCGUGACUGGGUCCUCGACCAGUUCAAGACGGGCAAGAGCCCCAUCAUGGUCGCCACCGACGUUGCGUCGCGUGGUAUUGGGGCUCUCUCGAUUGCGCGAAUUUGUCUGAACUCUGGUGACUCUCGGGUCUCAGAGAGCGGAGUCUUGGACGUGCGCAACAUUACUCAUGUGCUCAACUAUGAUUACCCUAACAACUCGGAGGACUACAUCCACCGUAUUGGUCGAACAGGCCGUGCUGGUGCGAAGGGAACUGCAAUUACCUUCUUCACCACUGAGAACUCUAAGCAGGCUCGUGAUCUUCUUGGAGUCCUCCAAGAGGCCAAGCAAGAGAUCGACCCUCGCCUUGCAGAGAUGGCUAGGUACGGCGGCGGCGGUGGCGGCGGUAGGUACGGCGGAUACCGCGGCCGCGGCGGUCGCCACCAUGGCGGUGGUGGCCGUGGUGCCAACGACCUGCCCAUGGGAGGUAACCGACGCUGGUAGGACAGCUUGAUUCUUGAUACCCGAGCGAGAUCUUCCGAUCCGUCUCACGGUGACUUACCUUUAUCGCGAAUACCUGCAUGAAUAUUUCCUAGUUCUUUUUUCUUUCCUUGGCGGCGUUGUUGUAGAAAAGGGUUAUGGGCUGUUUUAGACGUUUUCCCCAUCAUUGCACGCACGGCACAAAAAGUUUCCUUGGGACUCACUCGUACAUGUAGUUCACACUGGAGACGGUCUUUCUUAUGUUUUAUUCUUGUUCUUUUUCUUUUCUUUUUCGUCCUUCCACGCGACGGCUCCUCAGAUCAACCGGCCGUUGAAUGGCUACGGUGCGGGGAAGAUGGCAAGUUUGCAUCAAGGUCUUGCGAGGCCAGCCAUAGUUUGCUGGUAUUGAGAUGAUUAAUUUAGAGUGACAGGUACUGGCAUGGACUAAACAAGCCUCAUACAAUGCAAACAAAGAUAGUUCUUAGUCGGCGCGAAAGUCGGUGCGGUUGUAGCUUGCUGCCAUCCACAAUACGUACAAUGUUAGUGACGCAAAAGCAGCAGCUGCUACGGGACCAGCCUGAGCUGGCGGUGAUCUAUCUACCCUAGAUUCUCCAGACUUGGAUUUUUCGACAGCGGACCGUCGAUGGUUCGCUGGCGCUGGUCUGGUUGUUAGUGUGUCGACGACAAAUGAGGGCACGGUAAUACGGUAGGUAGUUGAAGCAGGUGAUGUCUCCCCAGAGCGAGCCGGUUUUAGGAUGGAAUUCCCACAUUCCGAAGGAGCGCAGACAUGGACAGGACAGGACAAGACAGGAGCAGACAGCGAAGCUAUGAUGAAAGGCACUAGGGGAUCUCAUCCUAGUCUCGCCAACUCGGUGAAGAGGUGGUGACGGAUCCUGCAUUCCAGACCCUGAACAAAAACGCAGCGCAGCGCAGCGCAGUGCGCGCGCGCAACGCAC